UCACGUGCUAGCAGGAAGCAAUACAGGAAGUGAGUGCUGAGGGCAGAGGCGCUAAAGCCGUUCUGACCAAAGGAUUAAAAAUAGUGUAUUUUUGUUGAUUGUACAAAUUAUUAAAAGUGGCGAGAUAAGCGGCGCAUUUCAUGGUGUUAUUUUUUGUGCUUUGUUAAAAAACACGGAGCUUUUUUUUAUUAUAUUUAUCCUUUUUGAGCUAACGCCGGGGCUAGCGCUAACGUUAGCUUGUUGGGAGAGCUGCCUUCAACAGGCGCGUGCGUGGAAAUGAGUGACCGUGGGACACGACACGGACUUGCCUCCACCUUCUGCUUCCACGGGCACGUUACGGAGACACGUUCAGCAGCAGCUAAAGGUCCGUGAUGCGAUGAGGAGCACCGGAGUCGGCCCCGAGGCAUGAACUCCGUUUCUCCCAGUGCAGCUCAGUACGUGGGGAUUGUGAUGCAGGAGGAGCAGGUGGAGAGCCGGAGGCAGCCGCCGCCGCUGGAACGACAGAGCAGCUUUGGGCUCUUCAGGCCGCCUCAGAUUCCAGACACGAGCCGAGACGCAGCCGAAGAGCCGGAUGAGAUAGACAAGCUUAAAGCUAAGCUGAUGUCUGCGUGGAACAGUGUUAAAUAUGGAUGGAUUGUUAAAUCUAAAACAUCUUUUAACAAAACAUCUCCUGUCACUGUCCUGGGCCACUCUUAUCUGCUCAAUAGUGAAGACGAGGUGGAGCGGUUCCGUCGCAGCUUCGUGUCCAGGGUCUGGCUGACCUACAGGAGGGAGUUCCCUCAGCUGGAAGGAUCCACGCUGACCACAGACUGUGGCUGGGGCUGCAUGCUGCGCAGCGGGCAGAUGCUGCUGGCACAGGGGCUGGUUGUCCACCUGAUGCCCAGAGAUUGGACUUGGCCAGAUGUUCAGCAGCUAACUGACGUGGACUUUGAGCUCUUCCGACCACGCUCUCCGGUACGAGCUGGAGGCGUCCCCAUCCCUUCCUUUGGGUCUCCGCGUGACUCCGGGACCCCAGAGAAGUCCCAGAGCAGCCGGCCGGCACCAAGAUGCAGCCUGAGGAAGAGGCCGGAGUGUGUGGGGGACCGGCAGGCAGAGCUCGUCCACCACAAGCUCGUCACCUGGUUUGGGGAUCAACCUCCGACACCCUUCGGUGUUCACCAGCUGGUGGACAUCGGCAGAGGUUCAGGGAAGAAGGCUGGGGACUGGUACGGCCCCUCCAUCGUGGCUCACAUACUUCAGAAAGCGGUGGAUAAAUCAUCUGUGGUGCAGAACCUGGUGGUCUACGUGGCUCAGGAUUGUACCGUGUACAAAGAAGACGUGGUCCGUCUCUGCCAUCAGAAUCCUCGGGACCCUUCCAGCCAAGUCUGGAAAUCUGUCAUCGUUCUGGUGCCGGUUCGGCUCGGAGGGGAGACGCUCAACCCGUCCUACAUCGAGUGUGUCAAGAACGUCCUGAAGCUGGAUUGUUGCAUCGGGAUCAUUGGAGGGAAACCGAAGCACUCGCUCUACUUCAUUGGCUUCCAGGAUGAGCAGCUGCUGUAUCUGGACCCUCACCUCUGCCAGCCCGUCGUUGACGUCUCUCAGAGCAACUUCUCGCUGGAGUCGUUCCACUGCAGCGCUCCUAAAAAGAUGCCGUUCAGCCGCAUGGAUCCCAGCUGCACCAUCGGCUUUUAUGCCAAGAACAAGAAGGACUUUGAGUCUCUUUGUUCUGCCGUCAGCACGGCUCUGUCAUCGAGCAGAGAGAAGUACCCCAUCUUCACCUUUGUUGAGGGGCGGAGUCAGGACUACGGACUUGAGGGUCACAGCAGCAGCCUCGGCGAGCCUGCAGCCCACAUCCUGCCUCCAGGAAAACAGAGCAGAAGCAGCAGAAGAACGAGCGACGACUUUGUCUUCCUGUGAGCCGGAGAGGAAGCCGUUUUCUGCCCCGCCACCUGGAGAUGGCAGACAUGUUUCAUUUUGUUCCCAACACGGACCCUCGUGCA